AUGAACAAAUUAAUUGUUUCAAUCUUUGCCCUGUUGAUCGUGGCUUUGGUUGUCGUGGCUGAGGAUGUCGCUGUCACCGAGCCAGUCGAUGCCGCUGCCCCAGCUGCCGUCCCAUCAGAUGUAUCAUUCUCCUAUAUAUUCCCAGAUUAUCCAAACAAUGAGUUCCCAGCAGGAUCAGUCGUUGAGGUUCUUGUCGGAUUUGGAAACAAUGGCGACGCCGCUUACAACAUCUCUAGCAUCUUUGCCUCUUUGAACCAUCCACAAGACAUGAACUACGUCAUCCAAAAUUACUCUCGCGGUGAGUUUGGUAUCACUGUUAAGCCAGGACAACACACUACCCUGUCCUACCGUUUCGUUCCAGAUGCCAUGUUGGACCCAAGACCAUUCGGACUGAUCGUCGCUGUCGACUACAGAAACGAGCAACAGAACUUCACCCAGGCCCUCUUCAACUCCACCAUCAACAUCGUUGAGAGAGCCAGCUCAUUCGACAUUGAGAACCUCUUCUUGAUCAUCUUUGCUCUGGCCAUCAUUGGAUUGGUUGGAUUCGUCGUGUACAACAAGAUGCCAAAGUCAAAGAAGACCCGCCGUGUCACUGGUGACAAGACCUCGUCCAACACCAUCAGCUCUGAUGAUGCCAGUGACUGGUUGUCUGGUACCUCUGCCGACUCGCCCAAGGUUGCCAAGAAGGUCACCUCGCCAUCAGCCGUCAAGAAGAACAAAUAA